AUGGGGAUUUCUUGGAAUGUGAAGCUUAGCAACUAUGACUAUCGAGCACCUUCUGGAGAAGUGGUUCCCAUGACUUAUGUUUCCCCUAUAUCUUUGCUGCAAUACCUCUUGGAGAAACACGUGGAUGUGUUGGUUGGAGGCUUGCAGUGUCCCCAAGAAAGGGCGCAACACCUUGAUGCUUUUUGGCAGGGUUUCAGGCUGCAUCAUGGCGACCAUAUGGUGUUUGAGGAGCAUGGCGGUUCCCUGUCGAGAGUGAUCCCAUUGUGCUGGCAUGGAGAUGAGGGGAGAGGCAAGCGACGAGGGAAUACAGUUGUCGUUUCGCUGGAAUCGCCGAUAGGCAUUCAAACUGCGCUACAGAAAAAAAGGAAACAUACUGAUACUGCUGGAUGCGGGUGUGGGUGCAACCCUCCGGACUCUAUGAAGCAGAAGUACCACAGAGAACACAAAGAGAUGCACGCUCGCACUUUGUCUGCCUUGGAUUGUCAGUGGACGAACAUGAAAGGUCACAGUUUUCUUCAGCACUUUGCGCUCUUCAUCAUUCCCAGUGUGGUGCACCAUGCACACCCACAGGUGCUGCCUGAGAUGUUGAAGCUGAUAUCUCUUGACUUCAAACGGCUCUUCUUUGAGGGCUUGACCAUUGGAGGUAAGCAGUUCUGCUUUGCUCUGAUCGCAGCCAAAGGAGAUUUGAAGUGGUUUUGCAAGAUCGCUUUGGAACGGUCAUUUCAAAAUCAGGGCAGGGUCCGUGACAGACCUUGUUGCCAUGAGUGCAUGGGUGGCUCAGGAGCUCUUACAUGGGAAGACUUGAGCGAGAAUCCUGUUUGGGCAAAUUCAAGAUAUACGCAGCGACCUUGGUCAGUGCCUCCUUGUGUGAUUGAAGUGCCGUUCUGUCGGAGAGCGCCUGAAAAACAGUUCAAGAGAGAUCCAUUCCAUUGUGCCAAAGUUGGCAUCUAUCGGGAUCUAGCUGGCAGCUGUAUUUGUUGGCUUGUCGCCAAGCAGUACUACGGCAAUGCUGGGGACUUUUCAGCCAAGCUGGAAACAUGCCACGGGAUUUUUAGAUUGUACUGCACUACGGUUGGCCGCACAGCUGCUUUGCGCUCAUUCAGCCGCGCCCUUUUCAUGUACCCACGGUUUAGUGCAUACCCGUGGGCAAACACGAAGGGCAGUGACACCAUGGUUUUGCUGUCCUUCAUUGCUGUUCAGUGCGCUGGCUUCAUCAAUGCUCCGCUCAAUCCAGCUCAUGUUGUUGACUUGAAGCUGAUGCGCCAGACCUGCUUGGCUGCAGUUGACUACUUCUCUGUCCUCAAUCACCAUGGUUUGUGGCUCCGGAGGCCGUGUGCAAUGGCUGCGCAGGUUGAGCUGACAAAAUUUGUUGUUGGCUACGGGAUGCUAGCAAGCAGGUGCUUGAACGACCAAUUCAAUGGUUGGGCUGUGAAGCCCAAGCUCCAUCUCAUGAAGCACGCUCAUCUUGAAAUGCAUGAGUGGCUGGCAGCAGGUUUGGAGACUCUGCCAAAUUACAACGUGCACAACUGCGAGCAAAACGAAGAUUACAUAGGACGAGUGUGUCGCCUGUCCAGGCGACUUGACAGUCGGAGGAUUGGGCAACGUGUCCUUGAGUGUUGUUUCAUGAAAUCUCGUUUGAUGCAUCAACGCUUUGUAAAGGAGAACCAAUUGGAUUGA